GCUGCAGGCUCUUCCGGUUUUCCCCAUGCCUCAGUAGGCACAGCAGCAGGUUCCAGCUCUUCUGUUACUGGUAUCGCAGGCUUUUCAGUACGAGUCCCAUUUACGUGUGCGCCGGCUCUACCACCACGCCCUCCGCGGCCACGGUCACCUCGAGCACGUCCGCGAAUGUCAAAACCUCCACGGCCACGGCCUCCACGGUUUGGUGGUGAUGUUGUAGAGUCUGCCUGCGAGAGAGGGUCUUUCGCCUUGGCGCGGGAUCGAUCGGUGUGUUUCUUUUUGACCUCACCCCACUGCGAAACAUUACCUAAACGAAGAAUAUUGGUCAGUAUUAGUAUAGGUAAAGAGUCAAUGUGGUAGCUUGCUGCAGUAUAUCAUGGAAUAGAACAAACGAACCCUCAGUGAUGCGCUCAAUCGCAAUCUCGAGAUCCCCAUCAGCAUCUUCUAGGGCAAAAACAAGAUCCUCAUCGGUCCAGUCCGCAAAAAGCUCUUUUAUGGUAGAAAGGUUGUUGGCAUGCUUUCUCUUCAGUUGGCCAAUUUCUCCUUCAUCUUCAUAAGAUGGUUCAGGCAUAUUUUCCGAGUCUGCUUUGGUGGACUUGCUGGGUCGUCCGCCUCUCGAGCUGUAACCGCCUCUGCCACCACGAGCUGACCCCCGACCACGCGAGCCGGAUGGCCUGAAUUGAACUUCAGACAUGACUGUGAGAGAUUAUAAUAAGGAGAAAGCCAGGAAAAAAGCAAGGAGGAAGAAGGCAAGUGUGCCAGGAGAGGGUAGAGUAGAAGAGCGAGUAGAUUGACGAGCUCAAGAAGGGAGAAGGGCAAGCUGGCGACGAGGCCAAGAUGGGAGGCAAAAAAGGCAAAAGAAAACACCAAGAGGACAAGGCACGGUCUCUUUGAAGAGAUCAAGCCCAGGAGAGACAGCAGAGAGGUGGUAUGAUGGAGGAGUCGGGGGCAGGUCUUGAUGGCACAAAAUGGAUGGUUGGGAGGCAAAGGAUGUGUCGCGUUUCUUUCUUUCUUUCUUUCUUGGCUUCUGCGGCUCAUUCGCCCAGUUCUGUCCCGAUUGGGAAUAUUUUACGCGAGCCGGCGCUACGUCGGGCGACUACCGCCAGCACCACCACCUCCCUCACUCCUGCUACUACUCCAGGCACAGGAACAACUUCAACUCCAACUGCAACGACCAUUAACUAUUGUAUAUAUACCUAUCUAGAGGCAUUCUUUCAACAGCCACAGCCAGGGCUACCUCCCAACUUAAGGAAAUUGGCCCUUUUCGCGUGCGCUCUCGGUUGCAUUCGCCCGUCGACUUGUUACUAGCUAACUUUGGCCUCACUCCUUGGUUGACCACCAAUCUUCCUCUGGGUGACCGAUCUGGGUUUGCCCCCUCGCCUAUUGUUGCUACGACAGCACGCUAGAGAGGAGGGAAUACGGCCAACCAUCCGUCCGUGGUGAAUGGGAGAACUGGUAACUCUCUACUACUGCUCAAUUACCACCGGCUGGGGGGAGCGCAUUGAGGGGGAAUGGAAGCUACUAGAGCGCAUUGUUUGAGGUCACUCUCAAAACAAUGUCCCCGGUUCGGCCGUUCUACGCGAGAAUCUCGCCGUCUUUCAUCCUUUCUCAAUGGCCACGAGCCAGCUAAACCGAUAGGCCGAUCAGCACAGUCAUCGACACCCAAUCGUCUCCCGAAGAAUCCCAACGGACCGAGUACCUCAAGCAAGGAUACCGACGAACACUUGAGUUCCAUCCUCGACCACCCUCUUUUCCGAAUAGUCCCAGCUAAGCCAUUGCCCCGGAGAGAUCGAAAUGACAGUAACGCUCAAGGUGCACCCAAUGUGAGGAAGAAAUUAGCGGAGGAUCCUCUUGGACUGCUAGACGAACUGAUAGCAUCCGGACGAGCUGAUCAUAAUGCCCUACACUGUUGUCUGCGGGCGCAUGGGCUCCCAUCUCCGCCUUCGAAGCCGCCCAAUGCCAUCGGGCCUUCUAGUGUGGGCUCGAGAAUCGUUGCAUGGUAUUCUGCCACAGACAUCGAGUCAAGAAUGCUCUUUUUCGGUAGCCGGCCCACUAUGGGUGUAGUCAUGCCAUACAUGGUUGUUGACCGACUUCAAAACACAGUUAUCGAGUGGGUGAAGAUGGUAUCUAACGGCCCUUCUAGUGGCGGGCUUACAAACUCUCUCCUGCCCACGCAGCGCCUUUGCCUGAUGAACAUGUUACGUGAAUUCGUUACCGCUGAGAUAAAGUAUGGUGAAGGGAUUCAAUCCUCUUUGAGGUACUAUAUCCGCCUUUGCAGAAUAUUACCUCCUGGCGACAAGUUCAUUGGUUCGAAGCACGAUCCCUUCCGUGCCUCAUUGCGUACCACAGGAUCUGAAUUGGCUUCGUGGAUUUCAACCCAUUGCAGAAGCCCCGAAGUCCAGGAGAUUCCUGUCGCUCUGUUCGAUGAAUUCCGUAUGCUCUCUGAUCAGUUAUCCAGUAGCAGGUACUUCUGGGGAGCGUGUUUACCCUUGUACCACCCGACCAAUCCGGAUGUUAACCCAGCUUUAACUUAUAUGAAGCACAGGCCCGCGAGCCGCGGCAUACGAAUCCAACCAACCAUGCGGAAACACUUGUUACGAUUAUCAUUGGACGCGGCACAGCUGUGCCUUGAACAGAAAUUGUACUCAGAAGCGUCUUGGCUGCUGAGCCAUGCUAAACAAUUUAUCGCAGGCGAAGAAGAACCUACUUCCGAACAAUCCUCAGAAAGGUCCAACCCACAAACGACCCUUGGAUCUAGUCCAUUAUUGGGUGGGAUCUGUCUGGAAUGAGCUAUGGCAACAUUGGUUGUAUGAAAUUUUUCUGUCCCUUCUAUACUAUACGUGCAUGGGAGGAGUUUUGCAAUUGGAAAGUAACGCUGAGAAAUCGGCCACUCGCAACUCAUAAUUUUUAUUGGAGCAUCUCCUUUUCGCCUCUGUCUGCAAAGCACGAUUCUAGUAGGAAGAUGGGAACAAGGCCGGGUUCCAAACUAUGUCUUGACUACAGGCCCAUUUCGAAAGACACUGCGUAAAGAUAAAAACUUACCUCCCUUUCUCCACUGUCGAGGUCCAGCUUUCUAUGGCGGGUUAGACAACCCAUUAGUGUCUAGCAAACAACGCGGAGACGUUUGGGCAAAUGGAUGAUUACAACCCAAAUUGCGACCUCGACCACCACCAUACUUUACGGAUGGAGCUACCUCACUAUACCAGAAGCAGUUGUCAGGGAUAUAGGUAUUACGGAGACACCAGCAACUAGCAAACCAUCCCGCGCCUGCCCGUCAAUCAUUUGACCAACCAUCAAACUGGAGAACUAUAAAAUAUAUCGCCUAUUUCAAGCGCGAUACUGACUUCCUAAAUGAAGUGACAGCCGGCCGAUAAGUCAGGUGAUAGCCGACUAUUUUCAAGGGUGGGAGAUGGCGUCGCAAACCUCACCGUGGUUCCUAUCCAAAGUCAUAACCAGCAAGUCAAAUGAACAUGACUGCUUCACUAGACGACCACAAGCCUGGACGGAAUAGCGCUAACUGCAAGAAAGCAUUUCAGGCCAACCUCUCACUCCUUGUGCAGACAUCUCCUGCAUAAGUACCUGCAUUUUGACCCUCUUUCUACAAAUAGUCCCACAUGUUGUUUAUUUGCCUUACCAGUAGUAUUGGGUGUAUGUAACAUAUUGGUAUAUUCGCGAUAGCCCUCCCAUUUAUUUUCUGAGGCUAUCUAUCAAGUAUGUUAGAGAUGUUUUAAUCAAGGGAGAUUUUUUUUUGUGACAUCUAUCCUCUUGCAGAAUCGACUAACAGAUAGGUUGGUAAGUGCUCAUUCUCCCCUCCAGGGAGCCCCUGGCUGCAAGCUCUUCAUUGUUCCAAGAAGCCUGUAGGGAUUGAAUGCUGCUGUUUAGAUGCAUACAAGAGAAAGGGGCAACGCCAGAUAGAGAUAUUGUAUAUCUAGCUAGCUCCUGAGGAUGGGCAUUGUAGGAACGUUUAUCUGAGCUUUGGUUUAUUUAACUGAAUAAAUUUUUAUCCUCAUCUUUCGCCUAUGCAGUAGUUAACUUACUAUGCGUUCAUAUUUAUUUACCCCAUUCGUGAAUUCAAAUUGAGCCAUAUCCCGGACAUCACAGCGGAAG